GAGCAACUACAACGGUGUAUUUAUCGAAUCCUUAAGCCCAAGUCCUUAUGGGUUUUGGAUUAUAAUAAUAAUAAAUGGGCUCGUAUUGAGAAGGAUUAAUCCUUAUGGAAGAGGUUUUCGAUACCCAAUCCUUAUCGACGUGGCAUUUGAGACGCUGAAUAAUCUCGUGUUUAUUUGUGGUGAAAAAAUCAUCACGGUGAAGGAAAAACAAAAGCUCAACGGCGAUUCCGAUCCUCGGCGAAGAUCAGGUUUAGUCAUCAUGGGACAAGAUUAUUCAUACACACAGCCUUCUUCAUCAGACGAGCUUGACUUGACGUAUCUUCUUGAAGCAGAAGCUCAAAUUUACAAGGAUGAAGCUGAGAGUAGUUUGUACAUUGCAGAGUCGUUUCAGUACACACCUUCACCCGAGGCUGACGAUGGAAUACCGACGACUUGCUACUGUGGUUCUGAGCCGGAAAUUGCCAGAUCUCACACGCAUAAAGAUCCAGGGAGAAGGUACUACACCUGCCCCAAUGUGGAUGAUGGGGAAUGCCACAUUUGGAAAUGGUGGGACGUAGCUGUUACGGAGGAGAUGACUGAGGUUAAGAGAGAAAUGAGGCUGCUUAAGGAUCAAGCUUUUCAGUGUGAUCAGAACGUGGUUAAGCUACAGAAGACAGUUUGUGAGCUACAGAAGACCGUCUGCGAGCAAAAGAAGAGCGUAUGGGCGGUCAAGAAGCCCUAUAUGAGGAUAAUGGUCUCAGUCUUGACCGUUCUUUUAGGUUUCGCGGUCAUGUACAUGUCUGGUAAGUAUGUGUACUCUGCUUUGGUAUUGUUAAAGCCAUUUUGUAUAACGUUGUGACUGUUUGAUCUCAUUUAUUUGCAGGAAUAAGUUCGAAGACGUAAAGCAAAGUCUACAAAAGCAGUGUCUCUUUUAUUUCUUUCUUUCAGUUAAACGAACCAUAAUUUUUUUCCAGGAGAUACUAAAAAAAUGUCAUCAUCGUCAUCCGAUGAAGUUGAAGAAAGAUUGGACGAAAUUAUCGACGAUAUCAUAGAUGAAACCUACAUCAACAUUUUGGAAGCCCAACCCUCUAAGCCGAAGAAACGCGCUUAUAUAGAACGAGACCGCGAAAUCGGACACAACCGAUUAUGGAAUGAUUACUUCAGUGAAGAUGCGACAUUUCCGCCGUAUUUAUUCAGACGCCGUUUUCGUAUGAAUAAAGAAUUAUUCUUGCGUAUUGUCCAUCGCCUCUCAGAACACGUUCCAUUCUUUCAACAAAGAAGAGAUGCCACGGGGAGGUUUGGUCUUUCACCACUACAAAAAUGUACAGCCGCCAUUCGUCUCCUUGCUUAUGGUUCUGCAGCUGACGCGGUUGAUGAAUAUCUCAGAGUUGGUGAAAGCACGGCAAUUUCGUGUUUAAAGCAUUUUAAUGAAGGAAUAAUUCAGUUAUUUGGUAAUGAGUAUCUACGAAGACCGACAGACGAGGAUCUUCAGCGACUACUCCAUAUUGGAGAGAUACGCGGGUUUCCGGGGAUGGUAGGAAGCAUCGACUGUAUGCAUUGGAGGUGGAAAAAUUGCCCAACGGCUUGGAAAGGACAGUACACCCGGGGAUCAACAAAACCGUCAAUUGUGUUAGAGGCAGUAGCUUCACAAGAUCUUUGGAUAUGGCACGCUUUCUUCGGUCUACCAGGUACCUUAAACGAUAUUAAUGUCCUCGAUCGGUCUCCUGUUUUUGAUGACAUUAUUCAAGGUCGGGCUCCGAGGGUAGAGUACGUGGUCAACGGACACAUGUAUAAUUUGGCGUACUACCUCACGGACGGUAUUUAUCCAAACUGGUCAACAUUUAUCCAAUCUAUCUCACUACCUCAAGGUCCAAAAGCAGAGUUAUUUGCUAAACUUCAAGAAUCAACCCGGAAAGAUGUGGAGCGGGCUUUUGGAGUUUUACAAGCUCGAUUUGCGAUUGUAAAAAAUCCAGCUCUUUCAUGGGAUCAGCAACAGAUAGGGAUGACAAUGAGAGCAUGUAUCAUACUGCACAAUAUGAUAGUCGAAAAUGAACGAGAUGGAUACGGCACUCAGUACGAUCCAUCUGAAUUUGAAGAAGAAGAUGUAGCCAGCAGUUCACGGGUGCAUAAGUCUCGUGGUACCGACAUCCCUCCAAGCAUCAAUGAAAUGCGUGCCACUCGGAUUCAGAUUCGCGAGUCGGAAAUACAUCAUCAAUUGAAGAAUGAUUUAAUUGAGAAUAUUUGGAACAAAUUUGGAGAUGAAAAUUAAUAAUUAUUGUCAUUUUAUAUGUUUAAUCAUGUAAUAAAUAAAUAUUAAAAAAAUUAUCUUUUUUCCCA